AUGAAGUUCCAGCUCCUCGCCGUCUUCUCUCUCAUCGCCAUGGCCUCAGCAAGGCCCAUUGUCUGCCCAGAUGCCAAGCGCGAUGCUAUUCUCAGAGGUGACCUCCCUAAGGAGGCAUGCUGUAGUUACGGCAAGUGUCUUGGGGAUGUGGUGAUUGCCUCGUCAUGA